GUGGUAUCUGCGCGCGCGCGCGCGGGUGCGAACGGGAAACGCCGCGAGGGCCAGGCCGGGCGGUGGAGACGACGGACGGUGACCAUGGCCGCGACAGCGGGCGGCGGUCCGGGAGCGGCAGCAGGCGCCGUGGGUGCAGGGGGUGCGGCGGCGGCCUCGGGCCUGGCCGUGUACCGGAGGAAGGACGGGGGCCCGGCCAGCAAGUUUUGGGAAAGCCCGGACACAGUGUCCCAGCUGGAUUCGGUGCGAGUCUGGCUGGGCAAGCACUACAAGAAGUAUGUUCAUGCGGAUGCUCCUACCAAUAAAGCGCUGGCUGGACUGGUGGUACAGCUUCUUCAGUUCCAAGAAGAUGCCUUCGGGAAGCAUGUCACCAACCCAGCUUUCACCAAACUACCUGCAAAAUGUUUCAUGGAUUUCAAAGCUGGAGGCACCUUGUGUCAUAUUCUUGGGGCUGCUUACAAGUACAAAAAUGAACAGGGGUGGCGGAGAUUUGAUCUUCAGAACCCAUCUCGGAUGGAUCGCAAUGUGGAAAUGUUCAUGAGCAUUGAAAGAACUUUAGUACAGAACAAUUGUCUGACUAGACCCAACAUCUACCUCAUUCCAGACAUUGAUUUGAAGUUGGCUAAUAAAUUGAAAGAUAUCAUCAAACGACAUCAGGGGACAUUUACUGAUGAGAAGUCAAAAGCUUCCCACCAUAUUUAUCCAUGUCCUUCCUCACAAGAGGAUGAAGAAUGGGUGAGACCAGUGAUGAGAAAGGAUAAGCAGGUGUUGGUGCACUGGGGCUUUUACCCCGACAGCUAUGACACUUGGGUCCACUGUAAUGAUGUUGAUGCUGAAAUUGAAGAUCCACCAAUUCCAGAAAAGCCAUGGAAGGUUCAUGUAAAAUGGAUUUUGGACACUGACGUUUUCAAUGAAUGGAUGAAUGAAGAGGAUUAUGAAGUAGAUGAGAACAGGAAGCCAGUGAGUUUUCGUCAGCGAAUUUCAACAAAGAAUGAAGAGCCAGUCAGAAGUCCUGAGAGGAGAGAUAGAAAAGCAUCAGCUAAUGCACGAAAGAGGAAACAUUCCCCUUCCCCUCCCCCUCCCACACCCACAGAGUCCCGGAAGAAGAGUGGGAAGAAAGGACAAGCUAGCCUUUAUGGGAAGCGUAGAAGUCAAAAAGAAGAAGAUGAGCAAGAAGAUCUUACCAAGGACAUGGAAGACCCAACACCUGUACCAAAUAUAGAGGAGGUGGUCCUCCCUAAGAACGUAAACCCAAAGAAAGAUAGUGAGAACACACCUGUUAAAGGAGGCACGGUGGCAGAUCUAGAUGAGCAGGAUGAAGAAGCAGUUACAACAGGAGGAAAGGAAGAUGAGGAGCCUAACAAAGGUGAUCCAGGUCGGUCAGUUGACCCCGGUGAAGAUAACGUGACAGAACAGACCAAUCACAUCAUUAUUCCCAGCUAUGCAUCUUGGUUUGAUUAUAACUGUAUUCAUGUGAUUGAACGGCGUGCUCUUCCUGAGUUUUUUAAUGGAAAAAACAAAUCCAAGACUCCAGAAAUAUACUUGGCAUAUCGGAAUUUUAUGAUUGAUACAUACCGUCUAAACCCCCAAGAAUAUUUAACCAGUACGGCUUGUCGGAGAAACCUGACUGGAGAUGUGUGUGCUGUGAUGAGAGUUCAUGCCUUCUUAGAGCAGUGGGGUCUUGUUAACUAUCAAGUUGAUCCGGAAAGUCGGCCCAUGGCAAUGGGACCUCCUCCUACCCCUCACUUCAAUGUGUUAGCUGACACGCCCUCAGGGCUUGUACCUCUGCAUCUCCGGUCACCUCAGGUCCCUGCUGCUCAGCAGAUGUUAAAUUUUCCCGAGAAGAAUAAGGAAAAACCAAUUGAUUUGCAGAACUUUGGUCUUCGAACUGACAUUUACUCCAAGAAAACACUGGCAAAGAGUAAAGCUGCCAGUGCUGGAAGAGAGUGGACAGAGCAGGAGACCCUUCUUCUCCUGGAGGCUCUGGAGAUGUAUAAGGAUGAUUGGAAUAAAGUCUCAGAACAUGUUGGAAGUCGUACUCAGGAUGAAUGCAUCCUCCAUUUUUUGAGGCUUCCCAUUGAGGACCCAUACCUUGAAAAUUCAGAUGCUUCCCUUGGGCCACUAGCUUACCAGCCUGUUCCUUUCAGCCAGUCGGGAAACCCAGUGAUGAGUACUGUUGCCUUUUUAGCAUCUGUGGUUGACCCUCGUGUGGCAUCUGCUGCAGCAAAAGCAGCUUUGGAGGAGUUUUCUCGGGUCCGAGAAGAAGUACCACUGGAAUUAGUUGAAGCGCAUGUCAAGAAAGUACAAGAAGCUGCUAGAGCCUCUGGGAAGGUGGAUCCUACCUAUGGCUUAGAGAGCAGCUGUAUUGCAGGCACAGGUCCUGAUGAGCCUGAGAAGCUUGAAGGGUCUGAAGAAGAAAAGAUGGAAACAGAUUCUGAUGGUCAGCAGCUUGAAAAGGCAGAAAACAAAGUGGAAAAUGAAUCGGAUGAAGGUGAUAAAACCCAAGAUGGAGAAAAUGAGAAAAACAGUGAGAAGGAGCAAGAUAGUGAAGUUAGUGAGGAUAUCAAACCAGAAGAAAAGGAGAAUGAAGAGAAGAAGGAACUCUCUGAUGCAUGUAAAGAGAGGGAAAGCGGUCCCGGGAAGAAGACGGUGGACCAUGAGAUCUCUGAGGGAAACGUCGCCACAGCGGCAGCCGCUGCUCUCGCCUCAGCUGCCACCAAAGCCAAGCACCUGGCUGCUGUGGAAGAGAGAAAGAUCAAGUCCCUCGUGGCUCUCCUGGUUGAGACACAGAUGAAGAAACUAGAGAUCAAACUUCGACAUUUUGAAGAGCUGGAAACUAUUAUGGACAGAGAGAAAGAGGCUCUAGAACAACAGAGACAGCAGUUGCUUACUGAGCGCCAGAAUUUCCACAUGGAACAAUUGAAAUAUGCAGAGUUACGAGCUCGACAGCAAAUGGAACAGCAGCAACAUGGCCAGAACCCUCAGCAAGCACACCAGCACUCAGGAGGACCUGGUCUGGCCCCACUUGGAGCAGCAGGGCACCCUGGCAUGAUGCCUCAUCAGCAGCCCCCACCCUACCCUCUAAUGCACCAUCAGAUGCCACCACCCCAUCCUCCCCAGCCAGGUCAGAUGCCAGGCCCUGGCUCUAUGAUGCCUGGGCAGCCCAUGCCAGGCCGCAUGAUUCCUACUGUGGCAACUAACAUUCACUCUACUGGAAGUGGCCCUGCCCCUCCUGGUAUGCCUCCAAUGCCCGGAAACAUCUUAGGACCCAGGGUACCCCUUACAGCACCAAAUGGCAUGUAUCCUCCUCCACCACAACAGCAGCCUCCGCCUCCGCCUGCAGACGGGGUCCCUCCACCUCCUGCUCCAGGCCCACCAGCCUCGGCCACUCCUUAGCCUGGAAGAUACAGGGAGCCUCCACACCCACCACAAGCUGAAAUGGGGAUGGCAAGACUUGUGUCUCAGCUUCCUUGGUUUUCUUUUGGAUUUUUUUUCCCCCUCAGAGCCCCAAGCAUGAGUCCCAUGUCUCUCUGCUCUUGAAAACUUCAUGUGUCAGGUCUUUAGCUGAUACUCAGUGGGGAGGCUGUGGUGACUAGUGUGCCCUAGUCAUUUGAAAAGUAACCCAUGUCCCCCUGCCCCAGUCAGUGUGGCGGGUGUUUGGCAUUUGGUCUGCAGGUCCUGUUGACAUUAGUAUUCUCUAUCUCUUUGUUUUGUUUUAUGCUUCGGUGAAUAAUUCUCUGUAAUUACUCUCCUUUAUUCCCCUGUUGUUUUUAAGGAGAGCAUCCUCAGUUAAUAGAAACCAAAAAAAAAAAAAAAAAAAAAAUGGUGAUGGGCAGAAGGAGACAGCGCAGAGGGACACACCUUAAGGCAUUAAAGUGACCUUAUUUCUAUCUGAGCUAAGAGUGGUGCUACCGGUGAGGUUCCUGGGGCUUGCACCACACAUAAUGCACCCAACUGAGAAGAGCUGAGGAGGAAGGAGGCAUCCUGUUGAUUGUAUUCCCUGGCAAGGACUGUGAAAGACUCCACUGUCUGGAAGAGCAUACCGCUGUACCUAGUAUGUGGUCGCAGAGAGCACAAACAUUGGCAGAGCCCUCCUUCUCUUCCCCCACUGUUGUGGGUUUCUGUGCAGAAGAUUGCACAGAACCAGGGUGGCUUUCUAAGGACAGUGUCAGCUUUAAAGGUAGGAAUUUGGAGAGGCAUUCCCUAGGUUUUCCAGACUAGCCAGGAAAGUUAAAGGGUCUGCGGCCCUACCUACACACUUUUAGGAGUCCUACCCAACCCACACACACAUCCUCUCCCUCAUCACCUUCCAUCUAGCUGAACUUUAUACAUGUUUUUUUAAACCUUCCUCCUAUAAGAAAGGAAAGGGGAAAAAAACCUUUAUUAACGUAAGUAAGUAGAUUGUGCUAAACCUUUUAUCUCAUGAAACUUGGUUAGGAGGCUGGAGGUACAAGUCCCUAAACUACCUCUUGCUGUAGCCAGGGUGAGUGGGAUUUCUUGAAGCGGUACUAAGUGGGGCACACUCCGCAGACUUCUGUACCUUCUUUUUCUGAGCCCUCAGGUCCAUCUGUCACGGGGUUGUGGAGAAUAUGCUGAGGGCACAAGGACCUCACUUGGCUCCAAAGCAUCAUGCUCACACUGGGAGGGUGGAAUACCAUUCCAGAGGAAGAGCCACAGAAAUGCCUUAAUUUGAGCCUGGAUCUGCCCCUGCUGAUGAGUGAUUCGAUAGUUACUGGCUUUGUCAGCUUGCCCUUCCCUCCCUUCUGUCCUUCCUGAGUAGCAAGAGGGUGUUCUGGUGAAGCUUCACUUGAAAUGGCAGUUUUGUUAUUGAGAAUGCAAGGUAGAGCAUCUUAUGGAUAUCUUUUUCUGUGUGUUUUAAAGCUUUACAUAUGAGAUGGUGUAGGGGAUGUCUGUAACACCUUAGAACCCUUAAUUUUUGCGUCAGAACAUAAAAAUCCACAGUUGAGAUUUGCCUUUGAGACCCUCAGGUUUGCUUGUCCAGGUGGCCUUGGUCGCCGUCUGAGUCCUGGGGUACUGGAGCUAAGGAAACCUUAUUCCUUUCUUGUGUGCACUCUAAACUCUUGGAGAAGAAAUGGAAAUGAGCUUGUUCCUUGGGAAGUUACUUAACUCAUUUGCCUCCAGGAAGACCCCAGUGCCUUUUUACAGUGGCCAGGGUUUCCUACUUCCCUCCAUUCUCUCCCAAAGGAAACUCACUCCAGUGCUCGCCUUUCCCCUGGAGUGGUAGAAGGGGAACGGGAUUCUGCUUCACACUGUGGUCCUUUAUAACCUCAGGUCUGUAAUGUGAUCACUUCCCAGUUUGAAAGAUAAGUGGAAAUACUUCUGCAGCGCUUGGAACCUGCAGAAGCUGAGUUCAUCGCAGCUCUUUCCAUGUCUGUCGAUUGGGCUUCAUUCCUCUAAUAAUUCCCAUCCGAUUCUGUGAGGGCUGGGCUGGGGUACGGUGUGGCUUUUGUACAGAUGUUUCUCAGUAUGGAAAUUUUUGUUUUGUUUUCUUGUUUUGUUUCUAAUUGAGGGGAGGGAGUUUUGAGAGUUUGAGGAGAAAAUGAAUGAAAGUGGUUUAAUUUCCCUCUUUUUCAUUA